GUCGGCACCGCCCACCCUCGGAAAGACCCGGUCGAAGGAGUGCUUCGCUUCGCAUCCCGCUCUCAGCGACCCUCGCAUUCGACGACGACAACAUGGCGGCCCCCGACGCGGGUGCUCCAUCACGGAGGGGGUCCAUUGCUCCAGCGGGUGGUGGAGCGGCAGUCCCCGUGGGAGCGGCGCCCGUGGUCCCGGCGUACGUGCCGCCGGCGCAGGUCUACGACGACGACGAGGACGAGGUCGAGGAGGUCAUGAAGCCCCAGAGGCAAAUUGUGCAGGCGGGCGCCACCAGCGGACCCAGCACGGUCUGCAUCUUAUGCACGGCGAUGGUGCUCCUCACGGUGGCCGCGGCGGUCACCUUCUACGCUAUCGACAUGUCCAAAGCGGACACGGAGGCGACCACUGUCUCCUCCACGAAGGCAACGCCACCGCCAGUGGUGUUCUACUACAACGUGACGGCGCAGCAGGGAGCUGGCCUCGACUUCACUGGAGAAGGCCACGAUGCGACCACAGACGACGGCGAAGUCGACGAAGUCGAGGCUUCGAACACGCGGAGCGUAUGACUCCAUGUCAUCUUUAACGCGACAGUGGCGAUGUUUUCUUUUUUUUCGGUAUUACCAAACGAAUUGAACCAAUUCUAACGAAAAUUUUUUGUCUGUAUUCAAAUAUAUUUUCAGUGAUUAUCUUCUUUGUAA